AAAUGAGUUUUGGAAUUUUUUAGUCAAGCUUAUUUUGCUGAAUCCUCUUGUAAAAUACUGUCUCCCUUCUAACCACAGCUACUGAUGAGCAUGAAUGACAAGUUGUAACCCUGCUGAACUGCUAUAAGUCUAGCCAAUAGCAGAGAUAUCACUUGUUUAUUUCAUUCAUUUAUUCAUUUUUUUAAUUCAACAAAUAUUGUUACCUGUAACAAUAUGUGCCAGGCACUAUGAUAGGUUAUAGGUUUAAAAUGCUUCAGCAGCUUAAUCAAGAGUGAGUAUAAUUUUCCACGAGGUUUUUAGACCCUGUUCUCAGCACCCUAUCCCUGCCUGCUAGAAGGCAUUCUGACCAGUGUGGUCUGUAUAGUGACCCUCAAUUAGUCCCAGGCAAGGCAAGGCUAUCUGUUCUAAUCCUGCCCAUAUGUUUCCAGCCUUUUGUACAAAGUAUUCUACUUCCUGAGCAAUGAUGAUGAUGAAAUUGCAAUAUUACAAUGCUGCAGUUUAUUAAGUGUAUGCUGUGUGCCAGGCAUUGUCCAUGCCCUAUCUUUUAAUCUUCAUGGUAACCCUAUGAAGGAUGUAUACUUGUCCCCAUUUUACAAUAAGGAAACUCAGGUUCAGAAAGGGUUUUGGUCUCAUGACCAACAAGUGGUAGAGCAAGGAUUCAGACUAGCUUUGUCUAACUCCAAAGCUAGUACCUCUUCCACCACUCUACCCAUAGGCCCUCUUCCCCGCUGAUAUGUCUAUGGCAUGGACCUUCUCUGGCCAAGUUUUGACCAGCCUGACUGGCCUUAAAAUUUUGAUGAAACAGCCAAUCAAAGAUCUUUACUCUGAUCUACGCAGGCCUACCAUGGCCCUGUUCUGCAGCCCCACUUGGGGGAUUUAGGACCCUUGCUUCCUCCUACUCCUUCUCCAGCCCCAGAGAUGGGUGAAGAGUCGUGAGCACCUCCCUGGUCCCCCAACACACGGUACACCUUUGCCCCAAUGUUUUACCCCCAUACCUCAGAUUGCAGCCUGUUGCCGGGGCACUUGCUUCCUCUGCCCAUUCUCUAUACAGACGGAAGGCUCCUCAGGAGCAACGGAGAAGAUGAAGAAAGGGUUGUCUGACUUCCUAGGGGUGAUCUCAGACACCUUUGCCCCCUCGCCAGACAAAACCAUCGACUGCGAUGUCAUCACCCUGAUGGGCACACCGUCUGGCACAGCUGAGCCCUAUGAUGGCACCAAGGCUCGCCUCUAUAGCCUGCAGUCGGACCCAGCAACCUACUGCAAUGAACCAGAUGGGCCCCCGGAAUUGUUUGAUGCCUGGCUUUCCCAGUUCUGCUUGGAGGAGAAGAAGGGGGAGAUCUCAGAGCUCCUUGUAGGCAGCCCCUCUAUCCGGGCCCUCUACACCAAGAUGGUUCCAGCAGCUGUUUCCCAUUCAGAAUUCUGGCAUCGGUAUUUCUAUAAAGUCCAUCAGCUAGAGCAGGAGCAGGCCCGGAGGGACGCCCUGAAGCAGCGGGCAGAACAGAGCAUCUCUGAAGAGCCUGGCUGGGAGGAGGAGGAAGAGGAGCUCAUGGGCAUUUCACCCGCAUCUCCAAAAGAGGCAAAGGUUCCUGUGACCAAAACUUCUACAUUCCCUGAAGGAGGACCUGGCCCCCAGAGCCCCUGUGAAGAGAAUCUGGUGACCUCAGUUGAGCCCCCAGCAGAGGUGACUCCAUCAGAGAGCAGCGAGAGCGUCUCCCUUGUGACACAGAUUGCCAACCUGGCCGCUGCAACUGAGGCACCAGUGCUGCCCAAGGACCUGUCCCAAAAGCUGCUAGAGGCAUCUUUGGAGGAACAGGGCCUGGCUGUGGAUGUGGGCGAGACUGGACCCCCACCCCCUAUUCACUCCAAGCCCCUAACCCCUGCUGGCCACCCCAGCGGCCCAGAACCCAGGCCUCCAGCCAGAGUAGAGACUCUGAGGGAGGAGGCUCCCACAGACUUACGGGUGUUUGAGCUGAACUCGGACAGUGGGAAGUCUACACCCUCCAACAAUGGAAAGAAAGGCUCAAGCACGGACAUCAGUGAGGACUGGGAGAAAGACUUUGACUUGGACAUGACCGAAGAGGAAGUGCAGAUGGCACUUUCCAAAGUGGAUGCCUCCGGGGAGCUGGAAGAUGUAGAGUGGGAGGACUGGGAGUAAGGGAGCCAGAGGGAGCAGCUCCCCACCCAUGGCAUCUCUCGCCUCCCUCGUUCGUCUCAGCCCAGCCCUGGAAGACUCUGACUGAGAAUGUCCCCCCAAAUCUCCUUUGCCAACCAGAGCUCUGGCACAGAUUCUGGUGGCUCCCUGCUGGCCCUCUGGGCCUCUGCUCAUGCCUGGAAAGGGGCUCUCUAAAUCCCGGCCAGGAACUCUGACUUGUGCCAACAAUAGGAUGACCCAAGGGAGAGGAAAUCUAUCCCCCGUCACCAGAAGAGCCUGUGUUUUUCUGCUGAACACCCACUGUUCCUGAGGAUUCCUGCUGGGAAGUCCCAAGGGAUAGUUCUAGCCCUUCUGCCUGUGUAGACAGAAGCUAAACCACCAGUCUCUCGGAGGAAGCCGAGAAAACACACACUGUCUACCAUAAGCAGGCAGGGAGGGCCACGCCACCUACCCUUGGCUAAACAGGGACAGCAAACACAUUUUGGUUCCUAUCUCAGUGGGUAAGAUACACUUACCUCUGGGAAAUUUGCCUCUCCUCUCUUGGGAAUCUCCCCUUCCCAGGCAUUUUCCAUUCUUGGAAAGGCUCCUUUGGGGUUCAGAAUCCAGAGACCAAACCCUGACCCACCUCCUUCCUUUCCUCCAGCCCACGCUGGUCUGUCCCUAUGCCUUCCCAGGGCUUCUUCAUGUCAGAUGCACCCAAGUCCUUAGCCCAGCUGUGCCACCUGCAGGAGUUCGCUCUUGCAUUUCUUCCCCUCCCCAAGAAGGGAGGGGGCCACUUGAGGCCCUUCUGUGUGUUGCCUGGCCGGAUACCUUGUCCAACCAGCUACCCACCUCAACUCCCCUGUAGCUUAGGACACAAAACAGCUACCAGCGGUACAGAGCGGUGAUCACAGCCGAGUACUUACAACUCCGGUAAGCCUAGCUUCUCCGCCUCGGCCCUUCUGCUUCUGGAAGGGCUAUCCUGGGGGUGAACUUGAAACUCAUCAGGCUUCUGCAAAAGCUCUUCUUCCUGAAGACAGACCCAGCCUUUGCGCUCUCACCCUCCAGUCUGGUAAAGCUGCACCUCUGGGGGAAUGAGGGGCUGCAGGAAUCUCUGGAGAGCCUGGUGCUUCACGAUGCUGCUCUGGUGAUUCUUGUACCUAAUCUGGUGUGCUCACCAGCGAGUGAAAGGGAUCGUGGUCAGGGACACCGAGAGAGUGGGGUCACUUCCACUUCAAACCUUCAGUGAGGGGGUGGGUUGGAGAGAAUGCUGAAUCUUUUUUUUGAUGGGAUGGGGUUUUUCUCUUUGUAAUUAUUUCUUUAGUUUAAUUAACUUUUUGGUUGUUUGUGCAAUAUUAUAUAUUUUAAAUUAUAAUGCAUCUCCCCAGAGUAUUUUGUAGCUGGGAAAAGAAAAAAGGAAAAAAAAAAAAAGAAAAAUUCUAACAGCUGUUAGUUUUAUAAUUAAAAAAGAAAGAAAAAAGAACUUUGUCCUGAACCUUUUACAGACUUGCCGUUAACAGCAUUAAAGUGAUUCAACCGAAGCUG